AUGAGCCUCGGUCCUAGAGAUGCGGCUCGAAAUGAAACUUCGGAAAAGGAGAUGACACCUUUAUCAUCUGGCAAAUCCGAGUCGCAUAUAAAGGACCCUCUCCCACAACCGCCUACGCCUGUCGUUAGACAGAUUAGGGACAGAUUAUCGGAACCCGUGACGGCUGCCUUCAUUGCGGGUGGGGUUGCUGGUGCGGUAUCGCGAACAAUAGUCUCCCCCCUCGAGCGAUUGAAGAUUUUGCUUCAAAUCCAGAGCGUUGGCCGAACGGAAUACAAAUUGUCAAUAUGGAAAGCAUUGGUGAAAAUAGGCAAAGAAGAAGGGUGGAAAGGCUACAUGCGUGGCAACGGGACAAAUUGCAUACGAAUCGUGCCUUAUUCUGCUGUACAAUUUGGAAGCUAUAGCUUUUAUAGAAGGCUCUUUGAGCCGGCCCCUGGGGCCGAACUUACUCCUCUUCGUCGCUUAAUAUGUGGAGGUAUCGCGGGUAUCACGUCUGUCACAUUUACUUAUCCGUUAGAUAUCGUAAGGACACGACUUUCGAUCCAGUCAGCGUCGUUUAGGGAAUUGCGGAAAGGACAAGAAAAGCAGUUGCCUGGAAUAUUCCAAACAAUGCGGUUGAUGUACAAGACUGAAGGCGGCUUCCUUGCGCUGUACCGCGGAAUAAUCCCCACUAUUGCCGGAGUUGCCCCUUAUGUUGGAUUGAAUUUUAUGACUUAUGAGUCAGUACGAAAGUACCUUACGCCUGAUGGAGACCUCAACCCUAGUCCUUACCGCAAGUUGUUGGCCGGCGCAAUAUCAGGAGCUGUUGCACAAACAUGCACAUAUCCAUUUGAUGUCCUUCGAAGAAGGUUCCAGGUCAACACCAUGUCGGGUUUGGGGUACCAGUACACCUCAGUAUGGGAUGCAGUGAAGGUUAUCGUGAAGCAAGAAGGAGUUAGAGGUUUAUAUAAAGGAAUUGUUCCGAACUUACUCAAAGUGGCCCCAAGCAUGGCGAGCAGUUGGCUCAGCUAUGAACUAACGCGUGAUUUUUUGGUCGGCCUUGGUGAUGAUGAAUAGAUAUUAUAUGACCCAAAACCAAAUUGGCAACCUGUCCCCGACAUACGCUCCCGUGUUGUGAUAAAUUUCAGCCAAUUCCUAUUCGCAUUCUGCGCCAUGACCGUGUCAAAGAGUCCUUAUCCUGCCAUCUCGUUCCAUACAUACUAGACAUUUUCUCUUUGGCGGUUAACUGUGUUUCACCUAUCUGUCUCUUUUUUCAUUUCGCUUUCUAUUUUCACAUCUGUUCCCUGAAUUUCCCUAUACUUCUCGCAUUUGACCAGCCGAAAAAUUGCUAGAGGUCGAACAAGUUGACAUCGUUUUAGAGGGGGAAAACCGAAUAUUGUUCUUGAAUCUAAAUUCUAUAGACUAGCUGUUCGGCGCAGAAUGUUGUAAAUACAUCAGUGUAUAGAUAUUGAGGUAUAUACCCAGAUCAUC